AUGUGUGACAUGGGAGGACUCGAUAACUUGGUGGCCAACACGGCGUACCUGAAAGCCCAGGGCGGAGAUGACAAAGAGAUGAAGAAACGGAGACGCAGUUUGUCCCUCCCCAAGCCUGAGCAGUGUGCCGCAGUGCGUUCCUCCAUUCAAAAAGAUUUUGAGUCUCUCUGUGAAAGACAGCCCAUCGGAAAGACAUUCUUUCGACAGUUUCUCUUGGCCUCCAAUCCAGAGUAUGUGGCGGCUGCGGAAUUCCUUGACGAGCUGUACGACUGGGAGCUGGCAGAGGCCGGAGCCAAGGACAAAGCCCAACAGAACAUCAUCAACAAGUUCUGCAAGGCCGACUCCAAAAGCUUCCUCUCUUACCUGCCAGGAGACGUAGCUGACAAGUGCAAAGUAGUGUCAGAGAAAGACUUUGAAGAGGUGAUGAUGGGGAAAGUGAAGGAGGCUACCAGGGAGUUUCUGAGGGGGAAGCCCUUUACUGAAUACAUGACCAGCAUGUUUUUUGACAAGUUUCUCCAGUGGAAGGAGUAUGAGAGGCAGCCAAUCACAGAGAAGUACUUCUAUGAGUUCAGGACUCUAGGAAAGGGGGGAUUUGGUGAAGUGUGUGCUGUACAGGUGAAGAACACAGGUCAGAUGUAUGCCUGCAAGAAGCUUGACAAGAAGCGUCUAAAGAAGAAGAACGGUGAGAAGAUGGCACUUCUGGAGAAGCAGAUUCUGGAGAAGGUGAACAGCCUGUUUCUGGUAAAUCUGGCCUACGCCUUUGAUACCAAGACCCACCUUUGCUUGGUCAUGACGCUGAUGAAUGGAGGGGAUCUCAAGUACCAUAUCUACGACAUGGGUGAGCGUGGCAUUGAGAUGAACCGCAUCAUCUACUACACUGCCCAGAUCACCACAGGGAUACUUCACCUGCACGCCAUGGACAUUGCCUACCGUGACAUGAAGCCUGAGAAUGUGCUACUGGACAGUCACGGACAGUGCCGUCUGUCUGACCUGGGGCUGGCGGUCGAGCUGAAAAAUGGCAAAACCAUCUGUCAGAAGGCUGGCACUAGCGGGUACAUGGCACCAGAGAUUCUAAAGCAGGAAUCCUACCGUAUGUCUGUAGACUGGUGGGCUUUGGGUUGCAGUAUCUACGAGAUGGUGGCUGGACGCCUACCUUUCAAAGACUUCAAGGAAAAGGUGCAGAAGGAAGAGGUGGCGAGGAGAACGUUGGAGGACGAGUGCAAGUUUGAACACAACGGUUUCGAUGAGCUGACUAAAGACAUCAUCUCUCUGUUCCUCAAGAAGAAGAUUGAGGAUCGUCUCGGCUGCAAGGGUGAUGACCCACGAAAACAUGAAUUUUUCAAGUCAAUCAAUUUCCCUCGACUGGAGGCAGGGCUUAUCAACCCUCCGUGGGUUCCCAAGCCCAAUGUCGUCUAUGCCAAGGACAUGGGCGACAUCCGAGAUUUCUCAGAGGUCAAGGGGGUCGAGUUUGACGCUAAUGACGAGAAGUUCUUCAAGGAGUUCAGCACCGGUGCAGUUCCGAUACCAUGGCAACAGGAGAUGAUUGACAGUGGACUCUUUGAUGAGCUCAACGAUCCAAACAGGAAGGAGUCAUCAGCAGGACUUGAGGAUGAGCAAAAAUCAAAAUCUUGUAUCUUGUUAUGA